GCCGCCCGGUGCGAGCCGAGUGGUGGCGCCGGGAUUCGCGGACCAUCCCCAUGCUUCAUAUGCGUGAAGAACGCGGGCUCGGGGGAUUGCAACGGGGUGUACAGGGCCAGCGGUCGCAGGUGGCUCGAUCACGACGUGUACGAGAAUCACCACGGGGAUUGCAUCAUCUCCCGCGAGGCGAGCUCCAGCUCCAAGUCGCCAGGCACCACCCGGCACGGCUUCGUCCUUGGCCGUGGUGGCUCCCCGCUGUACGGGGUGAGGACCGAGCAGCUGUCGGUGCCGGCGGCCGGCUGGAAGGUGCUGCAGGGCCGAGAGCCCGCGCCCGACGUGCUGACGUUCGGGACGUGGCCGGACUGCCUCCACCAUGGCGGGCAGUAUUUUGCUCAGGAGGCGGAGAAGGCUGCGAAGGGCGGGCACUGGCAGGCCGUGCUAGUGGCGGCUGGCCGCGCCUUCGAGUGCCACUCGCUCGCGUGUCCAAGGGGUGUGGGAGAUUCUCGGCACGGUGGCGCCGAGUGGUCCCAGCAGGCCUGCGAGGUGCUCGGCGCCCGCGCGGAGGCGUCCCUGCGCCUGGGAGACUUCCGGCAGGCGCUCGUCGACGCGAGCGCGGCGGUCCACUUUGCGCCCGCCUUCGAGUGGACGAAGGCGCGGACUCGAGGGAUCGCCGCCUGCCUCGGCCUGGGCGUGGAGGAGUCGCAGGCGAGGCUCCUGAUGGAGGAGCUGUGCUCACCCUCAGCGCGCCCUGGCGUUUUUUCUCCUGGGGUGCUGGCUGGCCUCGCGUGCACCCCAGACUCCCUGGCUCCGAAUGGUUCGCGGGAUUCCUCGGGUGCCCCAUCGUGUUUAUCCUGCACGCCCCGAGUCUCCGAGGAGGGGGAGACGAGACAGUGGUAG